UCAGCGCCCAUAUAAUACAUGUUGGAUGACAAGACUCAGUAAAAUGACUUCAUUUUUUUAUGUUAUACAGCAAUAACGUUUCACAGAAAGCUGAGUAAUACUAUCUUAGGCGUGAGUCUGAAGUAAAGGACGGAUGGCUAAUCGAUUUUUCAGGAGAUUAGUUGCCUCAAAGUGCGCUCGCUGUGGCCGCACCUUUAGUGGACUGUGGACUUCAGCAGAUGCAGGCUAUUUACUCCAAAGAGAUUCUGUUCAGAGAAUCUCUAUCAGGUUGAAAGGUAACAAGAUUGCCCCUGACAUGGACAUGAGCCAUAUCAGAAACAUUGGAAUAAUGGCACACAUCGAUGCUGGGAAGACUACAACGACCGAGAGGAUGUUGUACUACUCCGGAACAACAAAGCACCUAGGGGAUGUCGAUGAUGGUGAUACUGUGACGGACUACAUGCCCCAGGAGCGAGACCGUGGGAUCACCAUCACCUCAGCAGCCGUAACGUUCUUCUGGAAGGAGCACCGGAUCAACCUCAUUGACACGCCAGGUCAUGUGGAUUUCACCGUUGAAGUUGAGAGGUCACUGAGGGUCUUAGAUGGCGCCAUUGCUGUCUUUGAUGCUUCACAGGGAGUUGAGGCACAGACUCUAACUGUGUGGCGGCAAGCCAAUCGUUAUGGCAUUCCUCGCCUGGCAUUCCUGAACAAGAUGGACAAGGCCAACGCAGACUUUGAGUUAUGCCUGGCGUCGAUCCGGGACAGACUGCGUGCUGUGCCAGUGCCGUUACAGAUGCCCAUUGGCCAACACCGCACCUUUUCUGGUAUUGUGGAUGUUGUAACUAUGGAAACAGUUACUUGGCAACCAGGAGCAACUGACAAUGCGGGACGGACCUACACACGGGAGACAAUCACCGAGCGCAGGGAUGCAGAGUUAUGGCUGAGGGUGUCUGAUGCACGGAUUAGAUUGAUAGAGCAGCUGAUGGACCUGGAUGAGGAACUGGCCGAAGCCAUUUUGGAGCAGGACGAAAUCGACUUCAGCAAAGUUUCACCAGAAAUGGUGGCAGCAGCCCUGAGGAGGCUGACAUUGGAGCAGAAAAUUGUGCCAGUUCUGUGCGGGAGCUCACUCAAGAACAAAGGGGUCCAGUUGCUGAUGGACGCGGUCAAUGCCUACCUGCCCGCCCCUGACGAGAGACAUCAGGAUCUUGUCCAUCUUUAUGGGGACGACUUGUGCGCUUACGCCUUCAAGAUCAUCCACGACAAGCAGAGAGGGGCACUGGUCUUCUUACGGGUGUAUUCGGGGUCCCUCAAACCACAGUCGGCCAUCUAUAAUGCCAACCGGGACUGCACGGAGCGUAUCAGCCGCUUGCUGUGGGUGCUUGCUGACAACCACCGCGAGGUUCCCAGCAUGUCGGCUGGUAACAUCGCUGUCGCUGUUGGCAUGAAACAGACAGCGACAGGAGACACCUUGGUCUCCUCCAAGUCAGCUCUGAAGGCUGCCACGAGAGCUUUGAAGAGGCACAACAAAUCUGGCGCCGACCCCACCGGCUUUGACCAGGUCGCUGUGCUGGGCAGUCUAGAUGUUCCAGAGCCGGUCUUCUUCUGCACAAUAGAACCUGCCUCGCAGGCCUACCAGGCAGACUUGGACAGGGCCCUGCGGUGCCUUCAACGGGAGGACCCGAGCCUGAGAGUCCGAACAGACAUCGAUACUGGACAGACGAUCCUUUCGGGCAUGGGAGAGCUGCACUUGGAGAUCAUUCUCGACCGGAUCCAGAAGGAGUAUAAGAUUGAGGCCCAAGUAGGACCACUGCAGAUCUCUUACCGAGAGAGAAUAACUCGGACAACAACCCAACAAACAACUCUAGACCGCAUCAUCGGUAAUCAGCAUCACCUAGCAACCAUCAAGCUAUCUGUGCAACCUAAAGAGGAGUCCAGUGAACCGAUAACAUUUGACCUGUCGAGUGACAUAAGUAUGGAGCAUUGUGGGACUGACGUGGUGGAAGCCGUCAGAAAUGGGGUGAUGUCGGCAUGCCAACAAGGUCCUCUGAUUGGGUUCCCUGUCCUAGACAUCCAUGUUAGCUUGGAGAGCGUGGAAACGAGUCUAGGCACAGCCCCUGCAAUGAUCGCUGCCUGCGCUUCCCAGUGCCUGCACAGCGCCCUCAACAACGCGAGCUGUCAGAUUCUGGAACCAAUGAUGAGCUUGGAGAUCGUAACCAGCGAGGCUAGGCUUGGUGACGUGCUGGGUGACCUCAACUCUAGGAGGGGUCAAGUCAUCGCCAUAGAGACUCGAGAUGACAGCAGGGUGCUGGUUGCCAGGACACCGCUUUCAGAAAUGAUGGGGUAUUCCACAUCGCUCAGAAGUCUUACCUCGGGCACGGCAACUUUCUCCCUUGAAUUCUCCAACUACGAGCCAGUGGACAGAGCGGAGCAGGACCGAAUUGUCCGGAGGUUGACAGGGUUAUGACGGGGACAGUUCCAGCGUGGGAAAUAUAUGUAAAUGGCAGGAAACUGCCGCUCCGAAACCACGCGUCGGCUAACGUAGGGUGUUCAAAUAUGCCUUGACCUUCAACCGAGGUCAUCUAGGCUGCCGAAGACUUACAUAUACGUUCAUCAUGUAACAAUGUUAAAGGUCCGAGCGAUGACUUGUUCUCUGAUAUGUACCUUUUAUCCAACUUUGUGCUCCUCUUCAAUGAGUGAAAAAUUGAUUUUUCGUUUUCGGCUUUAUUGCAAUGGAAGUCAACUGAGGGCGCUGUCACCAUCAAGUCAGAAGACACCGUUUUGUUCCAAUAAACCGAUUGCGCCCGAUAAGUCAAGUGACUUAUAGUAGGUAUUAGAUAUCUACAAACACGACGUCCACCAAAAGCAAAGAGUUUGGAAGUAUCAUUUACCAAAGAUAACGCGGACGGUAGGCACCGUAUUCAGACUACGGAUGUACUGGGUACUAAACCGUAACCUGGCUGUAUAGUUUGUAAACAACCCUCAAAACACACGUUGUGAUGGGGUUGAUACCCACCAUAUGUCACGUGAUUUAGCAGGCGCAAUCGGUCUAUUGUGAACCCCAAAUUUACUGAUUGAAAACAUUUCGGAAAAGAGGAGGAUUGUGGCUUAUUGCCAAGUAUACUUACACCACGAAACAUCAAACCAGUAAAUUUUUACCGAUAAAAUGUAACAAUUUCUAGCAGUUUUUGUGCACAAAUAAAUGCAACUUCGAAGCUUUUAUAGUGGAACAAAAGCACGGUUUUGCUUAUCAAUAAUGGCAAUAUAAAACUGAAGAGGCAUCAGUUUACUUUCUAGUUACCCUCAGAAAAUAAUAAAAAGCACAAAUGAAA